AGGAGCGCAGGAGAAGGAGCCUGACCAUAAGUGAGAGACACAGACACAGACAGAGAGAUAGCAGCGAGAGACACGGAAAUGCAGUUCGCUCCAAAGCUUCUCUUCAUGGUCCUCCUGGUCUCAGGGCUUGGCCAUACAGUGAGGAUAAAGAGAGAUGAAGCUCAUCACUGCUGGAACCCCAAGGAAAUGGAGAGCCAGGCCAAGGGGCUGCAGAAACUGCUGGGCAGGGCCAACAUGAACCAGCUGCCCUCAGUGACCCUGGUUAAGGAGCUGGAGCAGCAGAAACGCCAUGGGAAGAAAGGCUGCCCUGAUCUCCGUCAAUAUCUCACACACAACAGAGACCUCAGUCACCGUUCCAUCUCACCUUGGGCAUACAGGUAA